UAUCGAAGUUCGUGUUCCAAUGCAUCGGUUAACAUCGCGCAUCCUAAUUUCAGCCAUUCGCAUUUCAACCAGUUCUGAUAAAAUUAAAUCCAUCUAAUUUAUACUAUCUCGUGAACUAAACAAUUCGUGCUUUAUUAACUAAAGUGCGCAUUUGUGAAAUUCGUGAGGAACUAUAAGUUAGGAAUAAAACCGGAAUAUAGCAAAGUCUAUAUCUAUAUGUGCAGUGUGCCAGUUCACAAUAUGUAUAAGUGCUAUUUAUAUUUCCGAAAUAAUAAUUGGGUUUAAAUCUAUUUGUAGCUUUUGACGCAGUAUUAAAAGAAAAAUAUUUCGGCUAACUUCUUGAAUGCGAAUUCAUAAAAAUUACCAUAUUUGUUUUGUGUUAUUGUGGACUUUUGAAGUAUUGAAUCAUCAUUCAUCACGAAGUACGAGUUAAUUCGUUGUAGAGUUGAGUUAGGGAAUCGAAUCCACUUUGUGGACGGCAAGAAGGAAAGAGUAAAAAGGAGCGAAGAAGCAACUUGCCGUUGUCAAAUUGUAUUGGAUAGUGUCGUGUCGCUUGUUUGUGUGAUUCGUAUAUUCAGUCGUCGGUUAAUUUUCAUUCGUGCGGUUGUCUCCGAGUCGGUAGUUUGUGUCUGUCUAUUAAAUUGGAAAAAUUGCAUACAAAAAAGCAAGUCUGAUAUUUUGCUUUCUAUUAGAAAUUGUCCGAAUAAAUAAUUUGGAAAAUACUACUGAUUUUUUGUUUGCUCCGUGUUAAUAAAAGCCGUCAAAAUUGAACCCACGAAGAUUGACGAGACUUUUUCCUCCUCUUCGACUGCGAUGGAGGAUAAAGCAACAACAAAAGAUCUGGAUCAAUGGAUUGAGCAGUUAAACGAAUGCAAUCAAUUGACGGAAACACAAGUUCGAACCUUGUGCGACAAGGCGAAGGAGAUCCUCUCAAAGGAAUCAAAUGUCCAGGAGGUGAAAUGUCCAGUCACAGUGUGCGGAGAUGUACACGGACAGUUCCAUGAUUUGAUGGAAUUGUUCCGGAUAGGUGGUAAAUCGCCUGAUACAAAUUACUUAUUUAUGGGUGAUUAUGUUGAUCGUGGCUACUAUUCGGUGGAAACCGUCACUUUGCUGGUAGCAUUAAAGGUUCGUUACCGAGAAAGAAUUACAAUUCUGCGUGGCAACCAUGAAUCGCGACAAAUUACGCAAGUUUACGGAUUCUACGAUGAAUGCCUGCGAAAAUAUGGCAAUGCAAAUGUUUGGAAGUACUUUACUGAUUUAUUUGAUUACUUACCAUUGACGGCAUUGGUCGAUGGACAAAUAUUUUGUUUGCAUGGCGGUCUCAGUCCAUCUAUCGAUAGUUUGGAUCAUAUUCGUGCUUUGGAUCGUCUUCAAGAGGUGCCACACGAGGGCCCCAUGUGCGACCUACUAUGGUCUGACCCUGACGAUAGGGGCGGCUGGGGAAUUUCACCACGUGGUGCCGGCUACACAUUUGGUCAGGAUAUUUCGGAAACGUUCAACAAUACAAAUGGACUGACACUGGUAUCACGCGCUCAUCAGUUAGUCAUGGAAGGAUAUAAUUGGUGCCAUGAUCGAAAUGUUGUUACAAUAUUCUCAGCGCCAAAUUAUUGCUAUCGCUGCGGCAAUCAGGCGGCUCUAAUGGAAUUAGAUGAUUCACUGAAGUUUUCAUUCCUACAAUUUGACCCAGCACCUCGUCGUGGUGAACCUCACGUUACACGAAGAACACCAGAUUAUUUCCUAUAAGAGAAUUCUUCACACAUUUACAUAUAUUAUACAAACAUUUAUAUAAAUGCAAAAAACAACAGAAAAACAACAAAUACAAAAUUAUUUAUAUAAAUUAAACUCCAACCAUACGAAAUGAUGGAAACAAUAAAAACUAAGUAAAGUGAAUGUAGUUGAAGUGAAAGGAUAUAACUGGAAAGUAUAACACCACAGCUAUCAGCAACGAUAAAUAUUUGCUUGCCGAAAUAGGAGCGGCACUAACAAGAUAUCUUGUAAUAUAACAUCAGAUAAAAAAAAAACAUAGAAGUAUGUUUAUUUACUGGCUUUAGUUAUGGCUUGCAAAAGGCAGUCAAAUACGAGAAAAUUUGUUAAGGGCAAAUCUAAAGGACAACAUACAUAGUCCACUCUUUAGUUAAAUUUAUAAAAGAUCCGCUGGUACAGACUCACACCCAAUUAUCAAUUAACCAUAACAACUAACGCGACGUGAUCAGCGCUAAAGAGAGGCACGCGGAGGAUAAAAAAAUAAAUUUAAUCAAAUAUUCAUACAAAAAACCCUAAGUAAUGCAAUGAAGCCGAUAAUACACAUAGAAUACAACAAUUAAUAACAUAAAUUAUAAUUUAUUACAAAAAAGUUAAAUUAAAAUUUGUAAGAUUGAGAUAACUUCUAGAUAUCACAACUAGACAUAGCCUUGACGCCCAUUUAACUUGUUCAAGGGUAAAUAGGAUCGUUACAUUUAAAAAAAUCAACAAAUGCUAGCAAAAAAAUCUAUGCAUCUUUAAAAAAUUAGCUAAAACAUAGCGAGGUGGCGUGGGCUUGCAAUCUACAAUACAAUCGGAACUGGAACAGAACUGACUAGCGAACGCAAGAUAAACGACAAAGAGUUUGUAGCGUGUAGGGCUUUACACAAAACACAGAUGCAUAUAAA